AUAUAUUGUGAAACCUAAUGCAACACACUGAAAGACGGUGACCUAUGAUGGUGACUGACUUGAGAAAAUUGAUCGACUCGAACAAGCCCAACGACAUUCACGAAAUGAAGUCAUGGGCGUUGAUUGGGCAGGCCGAAUGUUUCCUCUAUGCCACUGGCUAGCUAGUUAGCUUACUAGGGGAGGCAGCCUUCGUGUAUUUGCGUUACACUUCAAUGGAUGACCGGCACGAUGGACGGGUGUCUGCGGGAUGUUUGAAGCAUGUAGACGAGAGUCGCCCCGGUCCCCCGAACGCAUGGGUAGAAGAUGAUCAACACCAGUACGAGGAAGCGCAGACGGAGAAAACGGGUAAUGGAAAAAUAAAUGGAACCCUAGUGGAGCGAGAGGACACCCCUUCUGCCCCUAUUCCUGUGGCUGCCCUUCAUUACUCGAGCAGCAGGCAACAUGAAACUUCUAACUUGAAACCAAAACCACCUGGGAAGCUCCUUGCCAUUCACCCAAAAGGCAGUCGUAAUAGCCAUUUUAAGAACAGUAUGAACUGCAAAAAUGACACUCCUUCAGAGUUGAAAACACGUGAUAGCAAGAGCAAGUCCAUUGCUUUACCAAAUGGCGUUGUGCUUCUCAACCCUGGUCUGUAUGCUAACGGCUACCCCAGCAAGCCAGGACCAGACAGUGGUGGCAGUGGUUCUGAGAGUGGAUACAUCACUCCCAAGAAACGCUGGGCUCAGAGGAGUGCAAUGGCUGAGGAGAGUGUGACUGCUGGGCAGGAGAAGGCUGUUAUACAGGCAGUUAUGGUCCCUAACAAACAUGAGAUGGAGCCUCACACUCCAGAGGCUGCCAAAACAGCUGCAGACUCUCUGUCUCCCACCUCCAUCAAAGGUGUCCCACCUGUGGCACAGGCCCAUGUGGAUCAGGUUGGUGAACUACAGUGUAGGACCUCUGAGGAAAAGGCUGCAGCAUGCUCUGUUAAAAAGCUCGAAGACAGGCUGGGCAAAGCCAAGCUUACCUCCAAAAAAGAGGACUCAUGGACCCUCUUUAAACCACCCCCUGUCUUUCCUGUGGACAAUAGUAGUGCUAAGACAGUGCCCAAAAUUAGUUAUGCAAGUAAAGUGAAAGAGAAUCUAAACAAAGCAGCAGUCCAAGCUGCAGGUGACUCCUUACCUCCCCAGUCCCAGGUGCCCACCAGACUCUCCCAAGUCCCCAUGUCUGCUGUCAAAACCAUCACCUCCCCUAGCUUCACCAAUGGACCCCUAUCUGGAGAGGGGAGUAGCUGCCCUCUCCCUGCGCCCCUUUUUACCUCUACUGUUUGCACUGCCCCAAUGCCUGUCUCCCCUGCCAGCAAGUGGGAGAACGAAGCAUCCUUGUCCAGCAACGGCACUGAUAUGUCAGGCACCCCCUCCAUGAUUACUAGAGAACUGAGAAAGGCCAGUCUCCUUGUUUAUCCCCUGGGCACUUCAAAUAUGCAACCCGCCCUCUCCAGCGCCUGCCAAGUGGACUCACCUGCCGCUAAGACAAAUCCCAAAUCUCUGGUGGACAUUUUCCAGAACCAGUGGGGGCUGUCAUUCAUCAACGAGCCCAGUGGAGGGCCUGGGGUGGGGCCGGCAUUAGUGGGGCAGCCAGCCCGGAAAGGCCAGAUCGUGGAGAUCACCUUUCAGGGAGGUGGCCCUGCAGAUUUGCCUCUACAAGUCUCUGCUACCUCCACUCUGAGACCCGACAAACCCCUCUUCCCAAAGGCGUACGAGCAGGACAGACUCACUAUCUCCCAAGCCCCUAGCAGUGUUGGUAAAUCAGGCCCUCCCUUGGCUCCUGGCCCUGAUGCUGGGCUGGGAGACCCAGACCCUCUGAGGGGUGAGGCUGGGAGUAGAGGUGCCAUAAUGUCCUCUUUUAAGCACCCUGGUACUGAGCUGCCUCUUGCCUCCCCUGCUCAACCUGUGUCUGUCCUGGCCAAGGAGCCCUGCCACCCCAGGGGUUGCGACCCAGGAUCUUGCUGGGGGGCGUUCGAUCUAAAAGCUGCUGUUAUUUAUCACACUAAAGAAAUUGAAUAUAUUCAGAAUUUACAAAAACAAGAUUCAAAUGGAGUUGUGUUCUAUGAUCAGUCCAAGGAUGGGCCUGUUCAGUUAAGUCAUGACUGAGCGCUACACCCUCUCCUGGCUGCUGCCUCAUGAAACGGUGCCCUGGAGGAACUGCUCCCUCUCCUAUCUUAGAUUCAUGUUGCAGGACUCCUUUGAUGCGAGCAGCUUGUGCCGUAGAGGGAACACAGUAGAGCAGCACCACACUGAGCCUCUUACAGGGGUGCUGUCAUUCGGGAGAUUACUGGAUGGUUGAACAAUGGGUGAACAAGCUUUUUGACGGGAAACGUGUCCACAAGAGUGGAGACAGGCUUGUAGAGGACAUCAUGUGGGAUAAUCAGUCACCACCUCUGCAUUCCCGCCCCAUCUUUGGAAUCACAGGAUACUGGAGAGAGAUGGCCCCUCUCUUAGCCUGUCAUGGAAGACAGGAAUUCCAAACGUUCACAUUUGAACUGUAAGGUAUCACAGAUGCCUAAUUUUGUAUUCGGACUGAAAACAAAUGGGAAAGACUUGGAACGUUUUAGAAUGGUUGCCUUCUAGAUGUGAAAACAGUGUGGAAAGAUGGGGUUUUCUGCUCGAAUUCUAGUUUAGAUGAAACCAAAUAUCAUGGGGAGGCUUUUGUGAAUUACACUAAUUAGAAAUCCCAGGUCAUUGGCUGGACAGAUGGAUGGAAUUUAUUUGUGUUCAAGGUUCAAAUCAUGAGAACAUGCAUCCCUCUCCCACCGAGGCCUAGUCUGUUUGGUGUGUUUGUUGUGCCUCAAGGUACGGUCUCCAUUCUUUGGGCUCUGUUAAUACUGGACACAUUUUUUUUUAGGGGGGGGGGGGGUUCCUCAGGAUGUGGUGGUUACCAACACUGCGCAGAGGCUAUACUUUUUUCCUUAUCUUUUCAUUUUCUGUUAAUCAACCAGUUUAUAAUUACAGUUUAUGCUUUACAUGCUACCUCUACUUACCAUCUCAAUGCUCAAAUGAAUGCCCCAUAUUUGCAUACCUUUUCUUUUAAGAUUUAGUUUUUAAAGUUCUGGGCAGUCUUUUUCUCAUUGGUUUUUGCACAGAAUAGGCGCUUUGGCAGUGUUCACUUUUUACUGUAGUAAUGCUUUAGAAUUAGAGAUUCAUGCAGGGCAGUAUUUUAACCAGAAAUAUGCAAAUGUUCAUGUUACAAGUCUCCUAUUGACAUCAAUGCAGGAUUUAACUGAAACUUAGGACUGUUUCAAGUCUGUUUCACCUCCAGAGGAGAAUUGUUAAAUUCAUAUGGAAAGGAAUUCUUGGACUCUUUGACCAGGUUAGGCUGCUCCUUUCUGAGACUGUUAGAUGUUUCUCUCUCCCGAGUCACCAUAAGUGAAUUUAAUUAGCUUACAUUGACUGAUCAGCACUUUAAAUCUAUAGAAUUAAAGCAUAAAAUGUACUAAAUUUAAAUGUCUAUUUAUCCCAGCGAACUCUUUGGCUCCUAACAAUCACUGCAAUUUUCAAAUAGGACAGCCUGUUUAUGACCUAAUAUAGUUGUUGCCAAAAGUUGUUUGGCAAUGUUGAUCAUUAACGUGGCCAAACUAAGCCAGGGGACGUCUUUUGAACAUUGUUUGUCAAGGUUAAUGUGAAAAUGAAUCUUUAUUUUGAUAAUGGCUAAUUUAUGGCACCUUAAUUCCUUUUUUUGUCCCUCUUAAUUGCAAUUAAAAUAUUGGAAAACAAUCAAAUAUCUCUGACCGUUGCAUUGGGUACUAAAAUAAUACUACAGUGUAUUUAGAAGACAUCAGCACCUGGCGUAUUAGAACAUACUGAAAAACCCAGUUCAAGGACCGCUGUCUUCUGUUAUGACAGACAAAUAGCCUGUGUGUGUGUGUGUGCGCGCAUGCAUGCAUGAUGUAUAUCUUCACAAACAUGGUCAAGGGUCAACACAAAAUACAGGGUGCUUUUUAUAACAAGAACAUUGGAAUUGCAUCUGCUUCGUCAAGUAGGUCUCCACCUGCAAGUUGUGCCAUGUCUCGACUGUUCAUGCUGUCUUGUAUUAAGUUAUGUUAGUUUGUUCCUCACUUUUCCUUUCCUGCUGUAGUUAUGGUAAGAAUUUUAACAAUCUAUUAAAAAUUACAGCUCAUUUGCUGAAAGUACCUGUAUUCCUGUCAUUUAAAUGACUUACAGCACACUCAAUUAAAUCUUUAAAUGUCCCUUAAA